ACAAUGGUCUUUUUGUGGAAUAUUUACCACAUUGCACUGUUGACAUUUCUACGAGGGAAGCAGAAGCAGAAUUGCUUGACCUGCACCAUUGAUUGCCGCCAUGGAUCUUUUGUAAUAGAUUACCUCCUCUCAUCCCGUGAUCCAUUUACUUUUUUUAUUACUCAGUUUCUGCAUGACUGAACACACAGGUAGAUAAUACCUGGUUUUAAACUAUCGAGACACAGAAUCCUAAGCUCAAAUGAUUGUGAAAUUACAAAACCUUACUGAAUGGCUACAUUGCAGUUCUGUUUUUCGUGACUGAAUUUGAAUGGAACUUUGUCUAUUUUUAGGACUCAGUUUUCAUUCGAAUUUUUGUUGCAUGAUAUCUCUGUGAUUUAAGUGAUCAAUUCACCUGGUGGAGAACUAUAUCAAUAAAAUAAAAGAUCAAGAGUCUUCGACUGAGAUGCAAGGACUUUGAGAAUGACUUCGUUCAAAGCAGUUUUGUCUGUGAUAACAGCAGCUCACCUGUUAUACAUGGUGGCUGCUGAAUUGAAGAUGUUAUCGGAGAAUGGAAGCUAUACCGUUAAUCCAGAUCACACUGUAGUAUUGCCUUGUGUGGUUCAAGAUCAAGGGGCAAAGAAGGCUAUCUGGAAAAACCUGAAAGAUGGCAGCAAAAUUUCUGUCAAUUUUGAAAUUCUGUCCCAGGAAAAAAAUAAAUACACUAUUGAAAGGCCUCAAGAUAACACACAUUUUACCUGGAACCUGAGAAUCAAUAAUGUUGUGGAUGGAGAUCAAGGAUACUACCAGUGUUAUAUACAGGAAAACCCAAACAUCUCAGUAAUACACUAUGUUAUUGUGGAAGGUGCUGAUGAAGUUCCCACACAUACCAAUGGGUCAGCCAACCUCAAUGUGACAAGCUGUUGUAUAGAUGCAAAUGUAAGCAGUUCUUGUUUACCUGUGUGCCACCUCAGCAGCAUGCCAACAGACUUGAAUGUGUUAACAGCAUGUGCCUCGGAUAUAAACAAAGUGCUCAAAUGUGGAACAGAUGGGAUGAACCAUGUUGGGUGUUGUAAGAGGCGGGGAGUGGACGACAUCUGCCUGGAUUUCUGUUACGGAGCUGUUCCCAGUAAUUUGGAUACACAACACCUGAGUUGUCUGAGCCAGUUACCUACUCUCCUGACUUGUCUGGAGGAAGGAAAGAUGUUGUUGCCGGGCCCUCCUGUUGCGGUGUCUGUGGUACAGAGCGUGUCAGAUGACCAGAAGUCCCUGCUGGUGACCUGGAGACCCCCCACACAGAACCCCGACCUUGUGACCGGCUACAAAGUCCUCUACAAGCUGACCUCAGAGACCCACUACAAAAGUACCCGUAUUAUUGGCACCAGUGAGCUGAUGUUCAAGCUGGGGAGUCUACAGCUGGAGGUGGAGUACAGUGUCCGCGUGGUGAGCCUCGGUCUCCACGGAUCCAGUCAGCCCUCAGAAACCUUCCUUGUUACCCUGCUGCAAACACAACCAAAAUCAGAGGUAGAGGCCGACAUUCUAGAUUGCUGUUCAAAGAAGGGAGUGAGUGAUCCCUGUAUAUCUAAACUGUGUAAACCAGACCUGCUUACCAACGUUCCGCCGGUGGAGAUCCUGAGGUGUGAUGCAGACUUUGACAAAGUCCAACAGUGUCUCGUAGGACAGAGAGAUCACACUCCAUGUUGUAAGAGGAACAGUCUGCCUGAUGUCUGCCUGCCUCUCUGUGCUGGACAAAUCAUGAAUAAUUCCGUGGACUACAUAUCUUGUGUCAUUAGGAUGCCCAUCAUCAACGCCUGCAUCCAGGAAGGCAGAGCUGCCAUUCCUGGACCACCUAUCAACAUCACUGUACUCCCAGGUGUGCGAGAGGCGGUGAUUUCUUGGGAUAAUAACGGAGCAAACGCCACCAUGUACACUCUACUGUACAAACAGAAACAAAUGAAUACAUCUUCCUGGAUUAAAAUGGCAGUUUCUUCCUCACCUUUACUGCUGAGGGGUCUCUAUCCUGGGACACUGUAUGAAUUUAAAAUGGCAGCGGCCAAUGAGUUGGGCUCCAGUUUGCUUUCUUCUUCAGUGGUGUUCCUUACGUAUGAAAAUGUUAUAACUACACCAGCUCCUACGCAGCCUAGUGGACUCCAUAACUUAACAGCUUGUUGUUCAGAGAAGAAUGUGAAAAGUGAAUGCAGGAGAUUGUGUUCCUUUGACGUGUUGGGUGCUGGAAGUCUGGACUUCAGCAUCGCUCUGAGCUGCAUGGACCAACUGGCUCUCAUCAUUUCUUGUGCCUCUGAUGGCCGGGACCAUACUAUGUGCUGUAAGGAGUCCCUGGUCCCCUCAGCAUGUGACAAUAUUUGUCAGUUCUCUCAACAUGAUGAACUGACUGCAGACUUCAUCACAUGCGUUUCCUACACUGGGAUAAUUGCUAACUGUUACCGAGAAGGAUUAGCUACACUUCCGAGACCGCCUCAGAAUUUCAGGGUACUGAAGUCUACAUCACACGCUGUGUACCUAGCUUGGCAACAACCCAAAGCUACCAGUACUCGGAUAGAGAGCUACUCCGUCAUCUAUAGCAGCAGUAACCAGACAGACCAGAAAACGGUGUCUACAAAGAAUUUGGAGUUAAUUGUCAAUAACUUGAAGCCCAACACGAAUUAUAUUUUCAAAGUGGUAUCGGUCAAUGAGAAUGGAACAAGUGCUCCAACCCCAGAGGUUCAUAUCCUCACCAAAGCCUUCGAUGAUGGCACACAACAGAAGAAGUGUAAUUUCACCGUAAAGAAUGACACAAACGUCAAGACAAAGGAUAAUUUUCAGCCAAGGAUGUUUUACGGAACACAAGAAGAAUGCCAAAAGUAUUGUGACAUUCCUCUCUGUAUAGGCUACACUUACUCCAGACAAGAUAAGGCAUGUGUCCUUUACAUGAACAAAGCAUCCCUCAUACCCUUCCCUCAACCAGGCAUAGAUUUCUACAACCACACCUGUCCUACCCCUCAGAACAUCAUCCCCCCUGGAAACGGGAGUUUGCAGUUCCAUAAUAGAACAGACUGCUGCCAGAAGAUCAAUGUGACAGACAGCUGUAUGGAGGCUUGUGUGACUGGGAACUUCCAGAGCGUGUACCAGUGUGAGGCAGACUACUCCAAGAUACUGACCUGUGCUUCAGAUGGCCGUGACCACACCUCCUGCUGUCAAAACCUGCAAGUUCCCGAGAGCUGUCUUGGGUUCUGUAAGGGGCACCUGGUCCCUACCACAGGCAUACAGGCCCUGUGUCUCAACUACAUCCCCCGCUACGUCCAGUGCUUCGUGAACGGGACAAUGUACCUACCCACCCCGCCAGAAUCUGUGAUGGUGAAAGUGGUGAACGGCACCACUGUCUUGCUGACCUGGGAACCACCCACAUCAAACUGUGAUGUUCUUACGGGCUGUCACUAUGUUGUGUCCCUCUGGAACUUUGAAAAAAAUAUGACCCGGAACAAAACAAGAGAAACCAAGUUUUUGCUAACAGGACUAAAGUCACAGGCAGUGUAUUUUGUGGCUGUUAUGGCUGUCAAUAAGUAUGGCAAAAGUAUUUCAUCUGGCGAGAUGAAAUUUGUCACUCCUCCCCUUGUUACUGAUGUGGACAUAUCAGUAUCACAAACUCCCUCUUACCCUCCAUCUCAGCAUGGGGAAGUGGAACUCUUUUGUAAUGUGUACUCUGCAGAGAGAACGUUUCCCUUUGUAUAUUGGAUCCGCAAUAAUAAAAUCAUCCGGAAAGGGAGACAACUGAAGAUGAGCGGGCUAAGUGAGAGAGAUGAGGGAAACUACACGUGUAGCGCCAAGGAUGACAGAGGGAUUGUCAGUAACGUCACUCACUUCCUACGAAUCAUGUAUAAACCCAAAGCAUACAAUCUUAGUGAUGAGAGCUAUCUGGCCGAUCAAAGGCAGGUCGCUACUCUUCAGUGUGACUUCAAGGGGGUCCCCAAAUCUGUGAAGUGGUUCAAAGGGAGAGAGGAGAUCCCAGUGACCGAGUUUAAAGAGUCGUUCCACACAGAGAGCUCACUGAUUGCAUUUCCCACACAUAGGAGAUCUGUGCUGACUAUUUACUACGUAGUGGAUGCAGCAUUUGAUAGAUACACCUGUGUAGGCUACAAUGACUUUGGAAAUGGAUCAGGGAUUGUGCAGCUGAGAAAUGGCCGCCUAACCCCACCCCCGACAGUAGUGCCAACAGUACCAGCAGUCAAAAAUGUUUCUGCUUGCUGUAUGUCAUAUGACAUGCCCAAGGACUGCCUCGAGUUGUGCUCCUUUACAGUGGACACAGAGAAAGCGUUUGCUCAGACUGAUAAGUAUGGUCACUGUUUGGCUUACCUGCAGUUCUACACGGCAUGCGCCUCAGAUGGUAAAGACCACUCCGAGUGCUGUGAGAAGAAGGGUGUCCAUUCAUUUUGUUCAUCCUCGUUCUGUGCGGGGUUCGUACCAGAUGACAUGGGCUCAAUCUUCCUGAUGAACUGUGUAACAGACACAGAACUUAUACUGGAGUGUGUGCAAGAGAAUCAAGAAUUCAUUCCCAGUGCGCCAGCACUGACUGCCGUCCUGAAUAAUGAUGUCAUCCAGGUCAGCUGGGACAAACCAGAGGACAACCCCCACCGUGUGGACCAUUAUGAGCUGUACUGGCAGGGUAGUGACUCCCCCUCCACCCCAGAGCAAGUCUCCGUGGUCUCAAGUUUGACUGAUCACCAAAUUAAGAACAUAAAAGAGGGUGUGAAUUACACAAUUUGGGUCAUUGCCUCCAAUGAGAAAGGUUCCAGCCAGCCCAUAAAUAAGAAGUGGGUCCUUGUCAAAAACUUAAAGCCAUCCAAGCCCACCAAUCUCCAUGUGUCUGAAGUAAAUGGAGAGAGUGUGGUACUGAAGUGGGACCCACCAGAGAACCAUGCGGUGGUGACAAACUACACCAUCAUGUACAGAAAGGCGGCAUCAAAGGGUUCAUACUCACAGUUGACUGUCCCAGGCUCAGUGCAGAUGUACUUAGUGAGGAAUCUACAACCCAACACCUUAUACGAGUUUCAAAUUGUUGCUAAUGGUCCUUUUGGUAAAAGCAAAUCUGCAGCUCUGGGAUCAGCUCUCAAUUCUGGACCAAGCACAAGUGCCAACAAAAGCAAAGGUCCGGAGAGGUCGGCUGUGCCCCUUGGUAUAGGUCUGACGGUGGCAGUACUGCUGAUUGCUGGAGCAAUAGUGGCUCUCUAUCUGUAUAUGAGGAGAAGGAAGAAGAUGAAUUAUGGGGAAACUGUUUCUUUUGAAAAUCCUCAAUAUGGGAGUCGAGUUCAGAUUUCUGGACUUCCCCACACUAACGACUCCAGUGAUGAAGGCUUUGGGUACGCCCCUUUGCGAGAGGAUCAUGAUAUAGAACAUAGACACACAGAUAAAUCAAAUUUACGUGAUGAAGCCACAUUGGAUGUGACUAUGUCGUAAACUCUCAUGGACUGUUGAAACUCCCACCGAACAUUUCAGGCUCACUCAGUUAAGGAGAUGUCCCAAACAAUGUGGAUAAUUUGUUGCAAUAUUUCAAAGUCCCAAAGACCCAUUAGAUAAUGCUCAUAGCAAACUGUUGUGAAAUCUCAAUGCUAAACUCCUUCAUCAUGUUAGAGUAUAGGGAUAUAGAAAAUUAUCAUGGAGCAAUUUUGUACUGGGUAUUCAUAGUACUUUUACAUUUACAUAGGCUAUCUGAUAACAUUUUCUUUGUGUAUUUCCAUCUCGGAACAAUUUUUCAUCAUGAAGAAAUAUACAGAUAAACCAUUGUAAUAUUUACAAUAAGAUAGACCUUCUUUUAUUGUUGUGGACAUUUUUUUUCUGAUAAAUCCAAGUGGCAAAUGUAAUUGUUCUUAAUCAAAUACAUGCUUUGUUCAUAAUCAAAUUGUGAACAAGAUCAUUUACUGUUGUCCAUAAAAAAAUCAGUUUUUGAAAUUUGCAUCCGUCCUUCACCAAAAGUGCACACUUCAUGUUUCAGAUCUUUUUUGAUUUUCUACUUACAGUUAUUAAAAAAUGUAGAACAUUCCUUUGUGUAAUCAAAAUCAUGUGUAUUAAUUGUUGAAACCAUUACAUAAGAAAAGGCGAAAGAAAGGUUUCUGUUAAUAAAACAAAAGUCAUCUAGAUUACGGGAGUAUCUAGGUUUCAUAUCAUUUUUGAAAUUAUUUUUGCAAUACAGGGUUUUUCUUCUGUAUGAAAUGUGUGAUUUACACAGAUUCCAUGUGAAACAUUCCUUAACACUAUAUUCGUAAGAGAUUUGUGGUAAUGUGUGCAUAACAUCGAAAUAAAAGAAGAUUGAUGCUUGAAAACUUUAAAUGCCUAGAACUGUAUUUGAUAAGAGUCAGUUUUGACCUUUGUAAGUGAACAUUUUCUGAUACCUAUGUUAAUUUUUGUCAUUUAGAGAGAGAGUGAAACGUUUCAGCUAUUUGUCUCAUACAUCAUAGGAAAUGGAGUUAUUCUUGCAAUCUAAUCAAAAUAAGACAAGGAAAAAUAUUUUUAAAGACAUUUUACUCAAGUCUACACUCCAUAGAGUUGAUUGACUUUGAUGUUUUAUUUUAAAUUUGAGAACAUCUGUUUAAAUUAAAAAAUAAUUGCUUCAUCUUACAUCUUUGCAGAGUAAACCUAGAUACAUGUAUAAAGUUACAUUUAGUUUAAAAGGCCAUUUGAGAUUCUUAUUUACAUAUUUACAUCACCCUUGGAAGUCUUUUUUAUACAUUUGUUUAUGUAUCACUUUACAAGUACAAUGGUUGUGAUUUUGUGCUUUUGUUCUGAUGUACGUAUUUGCAAUAGUACGAUCAUCGGGUCUAAACAUUAGAGUAGAGGCUAUACUGUUGUAACCAUUUUCAGUUGAUUGUCUGUUUGAAAGCACAAUCAGUGUGUUCCAGUAUUUAUACUUAAUGUGUUUACAAGGUGAUAAUGCAAAAACCAGGGGGGAUAAGCAGAAAUAAACACUUGCAAAAAUUGACAGAAAGUUUGAAAAAAGGUCAGUUAUUUUGGCAUUUGUUCCAACGAUUAAUCUAAUUAUAUCUACACAUUACUGACUCCAAUUAUCCAUUAAUUGAGUUUUUGUUCAUCUUUUAAUCAAUUAUUCAAUACAAAUUAUUGAAUUGUGUUAUUUUUACUGGUUUGUUGGAAACCCCACUUACCAGAAUGUAUAUAGACCAUUGUUUGAAAUAUUCAGCUGCAUUAUCAUUUUCCAGUAUUUGGGGACUGUUUUCGUAUCUCUCUCAAAAAUUGGUGGACAGUCCAGUCUCCUAUUCUGUUAUUCUAUUUUUUUUUCUUGUUUCUGUUAUUUUAAUGAUGUUUCUUUAGUUAUACUUGAUGAUGAGACAGUACAUGACAAUAUUUUGUUGAUUUUUGUUUUUCAUAAACAAUGAAACAUUUAUACCUUAAGUAAUCAAAAGCAGUAGUUUAUUUUCUUUUGUAAUAAAUUUUUUUGGUCAAAUUUUGUUUUUUGACUUUAACUUUGAGUUUUUAUACUCAUUGAGGGAAUCUCACUUUGUCCUGUUCAAGUUCAAUUAUUUUGUUAUUCAUUAAACAUGUAUCUUCAUAUUUCUCGCACAUCUAUUUAAAAGAUGCCAUUGUAUGACAUGAUAUUAGUUAUGAAAUGAAAAGAAAUACCAUUCCUAUAUUCAGAUUUGUUGUCAAUACAAAGAUGUUAACUCACACCACAUGUACCUAAACAUGUUUUUUGACUGAUGUGUAGAAAUAUGGAGACAAUGUUUGUUAUAAAAUCGAUAUUAAGUGCUGUAUUUACUUUAAAAAAAUUGUUAAAUUUUACAUUCUUUUGAUUAAGUUUGAUAUUAGUCAAAAAGAGAGUGGGAGGGCUAAGUUUUGAUCUUGUUGCUAUAAUUGUAUACAGAAGCCAGUGUCUUUUAACAAAUAGGAAUAUUAAUAUUGGAGUUUUUGCAUUCCAUACUUAAUCUUGAAUUUACCAUUCCAAUAGGGACCUACAAAAGAAGUUAUAAUAUUAAGGUAGUUGUUGAAGUCUAAGGGAAGUCUAUUUACUAUUAACAGGAAAUCAUGUUUUCAUUCACUUACUAGUACUUAUUAGUCAUUAUUAAUCACGGGUCUGAGCUUUGUCCAAUAUGUAAACAUUCAUGUUUUGACAAUUUAUACCUACUUGAAUGUUAACCUGUUAAAAGAAUGAUAUUAAACUUUCUCUUCUCUUUG